AUGACCGACCGGCAAAGCAGAAUACCAGCACAAUACGACUGGCAGGAUGCGCCGCAAGCAUCCGUACAGCACGACGGCAAGCCCGAAACUGCAAUAUGGCGUGUGCAACGGAAACGCAAAGGCAAGAGCAGAGACUUCGAAAAAGACAUAUACAUUUGCAAAUGGCAAAGUCUGGCUGGAAAGAACCCCACACAGGCCAAAUACGUCUUUGGCGAAUGCGACAUGCUUCAGCGCUUCAAGCAUCCCAACAUCGUCAAAUACGUGGACUUUGACUACAAUCCUUCACGUCAGAUCGCUCGCCUGUUCAUGGAGAAUUGUAGUCACGGCGACUUAAAGAAGCUAGGACGAAAGCUGAAUGCAGGAGAAGCGCACAGUGUUCUCUACCAGAUCUCCAACGCCUUACUAUACAUUCAUCAUGGCGUGUAUCAUGAUGGCGUCAAACUCAAACUUGGGACAUUCGAAGCACUAGAAGUUUUCAUCUCAGACACAACGAAGAACGGCAUAUACGUGAAGUUAGGCGAUUUCGGAGUGGCCAAAUCUGACAUGGAAGGCACCGCCAGUUACGUUGGAACGAACGCUUAUAUGGCGCCAGAACAACGGACGGCAUUCCGAGGUCCGGGCUCUCGCAGGACGACCUUCAGAUGUGAUAUAUAUGCGCUCGGCCUCACAAUGGAGCAGCUCGUGGACCCAAACGCGACAGCACUUUCGUCGAUCUUUAAAGAAUGUCAGGCUCGUCUGGACGAUGACAGGCCUCGCAGUGGAGCCAUCGUCGACCAACUCAGGACUCUGGAAGGUAAACGAAGUCUCAUUGACGAGAUGCUAAGCUGCAUUAGAACCACUACUGUAGCUAAACUUGGUAAACAGCAGGCCAAAAGGAUCAAGACCGAGCUCAAUACAUUUGAUGAGCUCUGUGAGCGUCUGCUCGAUAGCGGAUCGCAACCGAGUGGGAAUGUGCUGCAGGAGUUCCAGGAGUACGCACAUGGUCCUGGCGUGGUUGAGUGGAAAUGUGGCGUGGUUGAGCAAGUUUCAGCGCGACUCGCGAAGCAUGAAACUGAUGUGCGAUUUGCAGACAGUAUCAUACAUGCUAAGGACUUCUCUCCUCUCAGUAGUGAUGAUAAGAGUGUGGAGAACAGUGUCGCGGCGGCGGAAAAGGCCACCGAGAGUGCGGAGCAAGCAUCGCGCGAACGCGAACUGAAAGAACAAAACGAGCGUUUGGAGCGAGAAAUCGCGGAAAUUCGGGCCAGGUUGUCAGCUACAGCGCAGACAGGUCGGACACGAGGGAGUGAACGUCUGGACAUCGGACUCGGAGCGAAGAGUGAGCUCGAGACAACAGUCAAACCCACGCUCAACGACCGACUCGAGCGUCGCGAACCCAGCGUUAAAGGUCGUGAGCAAGCUGGAAGUUUGGAUGCACGAAAGCUUUUGUCUGCAAGAAUGAACCCAUUAUCCAAGCCUUUUGUGCCAUCUCUGGUACUUCAAGAUCCUAUCAAGGACACAACUUCCGGAGCACUUCCAGAGCCCAACGGUGUUGGAAUCCCGGAUACAAGCCGGGGACCUGAUGGCUCAGUCUUACCCUUACUGUCCGGCACGAGCCAUGGCAUUGACGCGCAGGACGUCACUGCUGACGGCCAACGUGAGCAAGACAAUCGCAUCGAGACACUAAGGAAGUCGUCCUGGACCGCACGGGAAUCAGGUGGUCUCGGGCAGAGAAGGGGGCUCAAUUCCACUUUUUCGAAGCAGACAAGGAGCGCACAACCGCUAUCUCUACGCACACCUCCUAUUGAAUCUCAAGCAACGGAAAGCAUCCGAGGUCGACGACGAGACCCUCUCCUACAACGAGACCUUUCCCAACCUGCUCGCAGGAGUUCUCGCCCUCUGUCAUUCUCGCCAUCCUUGAACUCGAACCCUGCAGAUUACUUCCAGGUCAAGGGGUCUCUACAUGAGCAACUCUUCGAGCAGUAUAAGUUCCUGCAGGCGCAACAAGAUGCAUUGCGGUACCAAUUGGAGAGACAACAGGCGGAGAACGCCGAACAGUCCGAACGUGAGGGCUGGAAAGACGACAAGUUCGAACGCCUAUUUAGAACCCGAGAACUCAGUUUCUGAAAGAUGUCUCGCUGAGAAUCUCUAGUCCAAAUCCGAAGUUUUAGACUGUCAUGGCCAGAGUGCUUCGUCACAGAAAAGUUGGGCGCUAAGGGACCUUGAAUUUAACUUAAGAAGACAUGAUGUACAAACGUACACGAGAGACUGAAUUUAAGGACAGGUU